AUUACACACUAACUAAAGUUUGAAACAUGGGAUCAUGAAGAAUGGGACCUUUAAAAACCACCUGAAGUUACACAUGAAGAUCCAUGCAGAGGAGAAACCAGUGAUCCAGAACCUGCAGAUGAAACUUCACAAUACUGAAGAACAAAGAGGUUGUGUCAAUGAGUGACAAAGAAACAUCAUCCAAAGUUCAUCUUCAGCAGUUUGUGUUAAUGUACCUAAUGCUUUUGUAUCAAUCAGUUCUCUUUUAAAAAGGGAACUAGUAAAAACAAAUUAAGAUAUUUUGAUUAAAUCCGAUAUCUCAGUGAGGCCAGCAAUGCCAUUUUUAUCCACUGAUGCCAUCAAAUCUCAAGAUCCAUAAAGGUACUAAAAACAUAUUUAAAACAGUUCAUGUGAGUUAAGUGGUUCUACCUUAAUAUUAUAAAGCAACAAAUACUUUUUUAAGUACUUUUUUGUUAUUCAACUAUCCUGAGGUAAAUUCAAUUUUAGGGCACCUUUAAGCUUGUCUGAAUUUAUUACGAAAUGUAAGAAAAAAACAAUGUUUUUGAACAUGAAAGCAUAUUAGAAAUGAUAAUUAAAAAAAGGAUAAACAAUAAAAUGUCCACCAUAGUUUGUAGUAUUAUUAUAUCUUAACUGUCCCUCAAAAAAUGGAACUGAAUCGCAGGGAUCCCGAAAUUCUUACUGAUACAUGAAGGCUAAGUUGGGCAUACUGUACUGAUAUAAUACACUCAGAAAAGAGAUACUAAAAUUGUAAUGCCCAUAUUACCUAACCAAGGGUGAUGCUUUCACUUUGAUGGCUGAAAGCAUUUCUUAAGUCAUUCUGCAAUCCAGAGAAAGUGAAUUAUCAGUAAGAAAGCAGAAACAAUCUCUUAAGGGUCUAUUCCUCCCUUUUUUCCCUCCACACAUUUUCUUCUCUCUUUUCCCUCCUUAUUUUACUCAAUUAUUCAAUGUGCUCUUCACACUCCAGACCACAAGGUGGCGGAAAUGCACAUUUUACAUUGGUUUGCCAAGAGGAAGAGACGCGUUCUGAACUUUUGUUUCAAAACAAACGUUUUUUGACGCAUCAUUUUUUUAAACCGAUCAUACUUUACAAGUAAAGCCAUGCAUUCAGAGCAUCAGGAAGAGCUGAAGUCUGUAAAAACAGAGUUUAUUGAAGAUGACAGCGAGAACAGGACUGAUCCAGAACCCUGCAGAGUGAAGCAAGAAGAUACUGAAGAACCAAGAGACCUGAUUAAAGAAAACGAGGAGAGAGAAGAACUAAAUGAAGUGGAGGAGAAACAUCAUGUCAUAACUGAAGAAAAAUCUUCAAGUUGCCCUCAGGGUGAAAAAAAAUUCCCAAACAAACCAAAUCUCAAACGUCACAUGAGAGUUCAUAGUGGCGAGAGGCCGUACACAUGUGAUCAGUGUGGGAGUACUUUUACUGCAGCUCACGUAUUGAAGCAGCACCAGAGGAUCCACACUGGAGAAAAACCUUACAAGUGUUCAAUCUGUGACAAGAGAUUCAGUCGUUCAUCAAAUCUGAAAAGACAUGAGGAAAUGCACAGCCGAGAGAAGCCGCACACGUGUGAACAGUGUGGUAAUAAUUUUGCACAAGCAAACGGUCUUAAACUAUAUAAAUGCCCUCACUCUGAAGAAAGACCAUUUAAGUGUGAUCAGUGCGUUAAAACAUUUUAUAGAGCAGAACACCUGAAGAUCCACAUGAAAGUCCAUUCAAAGGAGAAGCCUCACAUGUGCUCUCUGUGUGGAAAGAGUUUUUCACAGCUGGAAUAUUUUAAAACACACCAGAAAAGACACAGUGUUGUGAGGGAUUAUAUGUGUUUUGAUUGUGGGAAGACCUUUAUUACAUCUUCCAUAUUGAAACAGCACCAGAGGAUCCACACCGGAGAGAAACCUUACAAGUGUUCACACUGUGACAAGAGAUUCACUUUGUCCAGUCAUCUGAAAUCACAUAAGAGGGUCCACUCUGGAGAGAAGCCGCACACGUGUGAUCAAUGUGGGAAGAGCUUCACAUAUGCAAACACUCUUAAAUUGCAUCUGCGUUCUCACUCUGGAGAGAGACCGUUUAACUGUGAUCAGUGCGGUAAAUCAUUCGUUUCAUCAUCAACCCUGAAGAUCCACCUGAGUGUCCAUACGAAGGAGAAGCCUCACGUGUGCUCUUUGUGUGGAAAGAGUUUUGCUCAUAUGAGUGGUUUAAAAGUACACCAGAAAAUUCACAGCGGUGUGAAGGAUCAUGUGUGCAAUGAUUGUCGGAAGACCUUUACUACAUCUUCCGGAUUGAUACGGCACCAAAGAAUUCACACUGGAGAGAAACCUUACAAGUGUUCGUACUGCGAGAAGAGCUUCAAUCGGUCAGGAACUCUGAAAAGACAUGAGAGGAUCCACACUGGAGAAAAACCUUACAAGUGUUCGCACUGUGACAAGAGCUUCAGUCUGUCAGAACAACUGAAAAAACAUCAGCGGACUCACGCUGGAGAAAAAACUUACAAGUGUUCAUACUGUGACAAGAGCUUCAAUCGGUCAGGAACUCUGAAAAAACAUCAGCAGACUCACGCUGGAGAAAAAACUUACAUGUGUUCACACUGUGACAAGAGCUUCAAUCGGUCAGGAACUCUGAAAAAACAUGAGCGGACUCACGCUGGAGAAAAACCUUACAAGUGUUCCUACUGUGACAAGAGCUUCAGUCUGUCAGAACAACUGAAAAAACAUCAGCGGACUCACGCUGGAGAAAAAACUUACAAGUGUUCAUACUGUGACAAGAGCUUCAAUCGGUCAGGAACUCUAAAACGACAUGAGAGGAUCCACGAAGGAGAAAAAACUUCACACUGUGACAAGAGAUUCAGGCGAUCAGGAAACCUGAGAAGACUCACGCUGGAGAAACGUCGCACACUUGAUCAGUGUGGGAAGAGGUUUUGUCGUUCAGGUUCUCUACUGCGACACACUAAAAUCAGAUGUGGUGUAGUGUUGGCGAACAUUGAGGCACUGCCUACACUGCUCUGAAAUAUUGCAAGAAACCAGUCUGACAUAUAAAGGACUGUUUUCAAGGUGGUGGCACUGAGUUCAGCAAUGGCGUUUCAGGGUUAUCCUUAGUUUCAGGGUUUCAGGGUUAUUUUCAGGGUUUCAGGGUUAGUACACCCAAAAUUAAAAAUAUUGUCAUUAAUUACUCACCCUCUUGUCGUCUUACAUGACUUUUCAACAAUAUGUAGUGAUGGGCCGAUUUCAAAACAAUGCUUCUGAGCUUUACGAAUCGAA